UAUUAAUGGAGGAAAGUAAACUAUCGAUGCUGCAGAGGAAGAAAUUCAAUUAUUGUUUGAGAAACGGGGAACCCCUCCCUCCCAUAUCACACACAUCCAGAUCACGCGUCAACAUACCUGAGGUCACUAUUAGACCAGGAAGUUCCAAAAGAAGAACACGUGAGACCAUCGUCCAAUCUGGAGCCUACGAAAGAGAGGAGUUCCGACCGCAUCAUCCAGUGGUUGACAGAGAAAAGGAAAAGGAAAGGUUACAGAAUAAAAUGGCUUACAACGAGGAGAUAAAAGUCCGCAAACCCAAAAUUUUCCAGAAACUAGUGAGCAAAGAAGACAAAGAAGAAAUCAAUAGAUUCGACCAAAUUGUACAGGAAAUAAAAGAGAGGGAAGAGUGGUUAAAAGAAAUGGAAGCGCUAGGCCAGGGCAAUAAAUAUAGACAAAUAAUUGAGUUACAAAUACAAGAAAAAGUUCGAGAGAUGAAUAAAAUGAAAUUUGAAAACAUAAAACAAUAAAAAAUUGAUUAUC